CUCACGUCCCUUUUGGCGCUACAUCGGAACGUAGGCAGCCGUUAUUCACUCGGUAAGAGAAAAAGAACGACAUUUAUUGAAUUAAAUCCUAUCUAAUACUGGCUAUGCUUUGUUGUGAAUAGAAUGAAAGAGAGCUGUGCCUGAAUCCACUGUCGUCACGAGUUAAAGGCAGUGAAUUCCAUUAAAAUGGUGAGUCAUUCCUUAAAGGGGAAAUGAAACGUCCAUGUUUUCGCACUGGCAGUAGCUACAUAUAUAAAAAAAUCACCUUGCCUAAAGUUUUAUUUUAAAAAGUUGUUAAAACCACAGAUAUGACAAAAUUAUUUUCGUAAUUUCUAGCUAGCGAUCUACCUAGCAAGUCGCCAUUUUGGAGUGACGUCACAGCCUACGUAACGGGGUUUGUUGGUUCUGUUGGCAAGUGAAGAGAGUGAAGCGUUCCUGGACCGUACUGAAUACGCACUUGAUUUUAAAUGGAGGAAGACGAACUUGAAAGACCUGUUGAGUCCGUGUGUCCCAUUUCGUACGCAUUUGAGCCAAUACGGCGUGGGAACCUAGCAGUGGUAUGUCGAUUUGUCGAACAGCCGGUGGUGGUUUGGGGCGAAGAGCGGGUUGGCAACGCUACCUGGUGUCAGUGUGGCUGUUGUACUGCGAUGCCCACCGUGUCGGAGUCCAUCUGCUGUCAAGAGGCUGAUCUUGACCAUGUGUUGCGUGGUCAAUCCUGCAUCACUAUGGCGCGCACAUUUGCCAUGCUGUGCCGGGAGGUAGAAGUGUUGGAAGUGGCAAUGCUUUCCCUGAAGGAUGUCAGAGCGGAGACACUGGAGCGUCCCAUCAAUAGCUGUCUAUUUAGAUUGACAUACCGGCAAUUUACCCUUUGGGCCAGAGGGCAUUUGGGGAAGAAGAACCGGAUUCUGAUUCCAGCCUGUGUUGUUGGCUCCAUCAGGGCUGUUUUUCCAUCCCUGGAAUAUCAUGGUUUUGAAUAUGCAUAUGAUGAAUUUUAAGUUGCAUUCAAUGUUUGCCAUUAAAGAGGAUUUAUUGUAAUAUUUCAUCAAGUGGUUUAAUGGGCAUUUAAAUUAUAUUUAGUAGUUUUGAGAAGGAAUGUGAAUAUUUAACAGCAAUGCUAGGUGGUUAAGGUACUGGCUCAGUAUACUGUGACCAUGGAUGUAAAGCCUUGUAUGUUUAAAUAAUCACUCUAAUAGAGUAAAGACUCUAAUACACAUUUGAAAGUUUAACAUCAAAUAAUUAUUUUAUAGGCAUAGUGAUUAAAUGGCAACAGCUUUUCUGACACUGAACUGAGCUCAGACUUGCACAAA